CACCAAGACACUGGUGGACGCUUGCCCGCCCUUCUGCUACCCAAUGGCAAGGGUAGGCCCCGCCCCUUGACGGCUUAGUAGCUGUGUGCUUCGCAGAGCUCCAGGCAUGGAGGAAGGCGGACUGGGAUGCACUGUGUGUGUGCUGACCGGGGCCUCCCGAGGCUUUGGCCGCGCCCUUGCCCCACUGCUGGCCCGGUUGCUGUCGCCCGGUUCCGUGCUGCUUCUGAGCGCACGCAGUGACUUGGCGCUGCUGCAGCUGGAGGAGGAGCUGUGCACACAGCAUCCUGGCCUGCGAGUGUUGCGGGCAGCAGCUGACCUGGGCACCGAGGCCGGAGUGCAGCAGCUGUUGUGCACUGUGCGCAAGCUCCCCAGGCCCGAGGGGCUUCAGCGACUGCUGCUCAUCAACAAUGCAGGUACUCUUGGGGAUAUUUCCAAAGGCUUCCUGGACGUGAGUGACCCAGCAGAGGUGAACAACUACUGGGCUCUAAACCUGACCUCCAUGCUCUGCUUGACCUCCGGCACCCUGAAUGCCUUUCCAGAUAGCCCUGGCCUCAGCAAGACUGUGGUUAACAUCUCAUCUCUGUGUGCCUUGGAGCCCUUCAAGGGUUGGGGGCUGUACUGUGCUGGGAAGGCUGCCAGAGACAUGUUGUACCAGGUCCUAGCUGCUGAGGAACCCAGUGUGAGGGUGCUGAGCUAUGCUCCAGGUCCCCUGGACACAGAUAUGCAGCAGCUGGCUAGAGAAACCUCCAAGGACCCAGAGUUAAGGACCAGACUGCAGGAGCUGAAGUCAAAGGGGAAGCUGGUGGAUUGUGGGUCCUCAGCCCAGAAACUACUGACCUUGCUGCAAAAGAACACCUUCCAGUCUGGAGCCCACAUUGACUUCUAUGACAGGUCCUAUGGCUAGUCGAUGAGUCUCCAUGCUCAGGGCCCAACACAGCAGACAGCCCUCACCAGUGAGUGCUGGGAUUUCCAGUUUACCCCUGGCCAACCUGCCCAUGCUGUAAAAGGCUCUGGCUCCUGUGGUGACCUCUCUUGACACUGUCCCUGUGGCUCAUGGUCUGCUGUGGGGAGGAGGAACAAGGAUCCAUGAAGGAAGUGCUGAGAGAUUCGAACCUUUUGCAGCCUAUAAUCGCGGUUGGAAAAUCUGCUGUGAGACUGCUCUGCAGACAGCCUCUAGCCCACCUUUGACAAGGAGUUCAAAGCUCCCAAGCAUCUAAAUGUGAAAUAAAAAGACUGUGCCCAGCAUCUUCUGUGUUAGGAGACCUGGUCCUCCUUGUGCCCAGCAGAGGGCACACUGGGGCUGUUUAGUGUGAAAAGAUGGGACCUCCUUUCCUGCAGAGUAUGUCACAACCACAAUAUUCCCCAAGGAGGAACAGGGUGCCUUCUAUCACCUUUCCCAGUAGAGUCUUUACCCUACUGGAAUGGAAAUGGCUGGGUUCAGACCUAUUCUCACCAGCUGGUAACUCACAGCAAGUCAUUUUUGUGCCUCUGAAAAGACUGUGUUACAAUGCACUUAAAAUAAAUAAAACACUGCACCCAUCCCAAUGCGUCAUCGA